CUCAGAGUGGCUCUUCUCAUGGUCUAUUACGCACUGGAGGCCCUGUCUUGAUGCGCGUGGCUCUCGGCAAUGAGCUUGGCCUGGCACAGACAACUGCAUGAUCUAUGCGUGGUUCGGUGCGCGUCCGAAGCUGGUAUGGUCUCUCUCUCUCUCUCUCUCUCUCUCUCUCUCUCUCUCUCUCUCUCGCUUGUGUGCAUCGAGGGAUGCGGCGGCGGCAUCAGAACAACUCGCCUCCUUCUCUGUCGGGAUGGAAAUCUCCACGGAUUGACGCCUCCGCUUCUCACCACUUCGUCGGUAUAACGAGCUUCCCGAAUCGUCAACGGCCGUCGGUUGCGAUCCUCGACGACCAAGGGCGCUGUCGUGGUUCCAAAUGUCGCCAGCAUGUCAGCGGCGGACGUACAGCAGUGGGGAUAAAGCAGUCAACGGCUUUCUCAUUCUCAUUCAAGCUGGUCGACAUGAGUGCUGCGUUGCUACGCUCCCCUCCCCCCUCCCCCUGAGUAUUGGCCAGACCAUUCGAGUCGCUAGUCAUCUAGUGUUACCUUAAGAACGAUGCCAUUGAUCGCAUUUGCCUAGCAGCACUGUGAACGACAGCUGCCAGCUCCCCGGCACUGAUAGUCGAUGCGCUGUGGGUGUGGAUUCGUGCCAAUGCCA